AUGAAUACCCGGGCCUCAUCACCAAGCGAUCAUCCCAAAGUACAACUCGGAUCAGGACCUCUUCUACAAUCGCGAGAACUUGGCGAAGUAGGAGUAGCUCAUGCGCAGAAUGUUGCGGUGACUACGAAGUCUCCGCCUGUGGCCAAGUCAUGGGCGCAUUUCGUAGCUGGAGGGUUAGGAGGCAUGACAGCCGCUACCCUCACUGCUCCUCUUGAUGUCCUAAAGACUCGCCUUCAAUCCGAUUUCUACCAAAAGCAACUCGCCCAAUCGCGCCUUGCCAAAGGUAUAUCUCCACAUGCGCAUCUCAACGCGUUACAAUCCGGCCUCCUUCACUUCCGCGAAACGUUUCAAAUCCUCGGCUCCGUACAUCGCGUCGAAGGCUGGCGGGCACUUUUCAAGGGUCUCGGUCCAAAUCUGGUUGGUGUCGUACCAGCUCGAAGUAUAAAUUUCUUUGUCGUUGGCAAUGGAAAGAGAAUACUCGCAGAUUAUGGGAACGGAGGUAAGGAGAAUGCGUGGGUGGUUUUAUGCGCUGCUGCGACAGCUGGCGUUGUGACGAGUACAGUUACAAAUCCGAUCUGGAUGAUCAAGACGAGGUUACAACUCGAUAAAAAUGUGGUCGAGGAGACUGGCGGUGCGGUCAAGCGAACGUAUAAAAAUAGUUGGGAUUGUAUAAAACAGACCGUAGGGAAAGAGGGUAUUAGAGGGUUGUACAAGGGCAUGAGUGCGAGCUACCUUGGUGUUACUGAGAGUGCACUUCAAUGGGUUCUGUACGAAGAGAUGAAGAAGGCAUUACAGAAGCGGGAGGAGAGGAUCGUUUUUACCGGCAAGGAAAGGAGCGUAUGGGACAAUUUUAUUAGUUGGACUGGGAGUCUCACUGCUGCGGGUGGAGCUAAAUUAGUUGCCGCUCUAGCAACUUAUCCCCAUGAAGUGGCUCGAACACGACUAAGACAAGCUCCACUCGAAAACGGACAUCCCAAGUAUACAGGGCUGGUACAAUGCUUCAAGCUCGUAUUCAAAGAAGAAGGCAUGGUCGCGCUAUACGGUGGUCUAACUCCACAUCUUCUCCGAACCGUACCGAGCGCUGCAAUCAUGUUCGGCAUCUACGAGGGUGUCUUAAAAUUACUACAUGCUGAACGGUAG